AUGAGUCCCUUCUUUGUGAUAUCUGUCCUCUUUGGGCUGAUUUUUGGACAAACAGCAUCACUCUGUGCUCCUUCUGAGUACACAAUCCAUGUGGAGAAAAGGGAAUGUGCCUAUUGCCUGGCCAUCAACACCACCAUCUGCGCUGGAUUCUGCAUGACUCGGGACAGCAAUGGCAAGAAGCUGCUCCUCAAGAGUGCUCUGUCCCAGAACGUGUGCACGUACAAAGAGAUGCUGUACCGGACAGCGCUGAUCCCGGGCUGCCCUCACCACACCAUCCCCUACUACUCCUACCCCGUGGCUGUGAGCUGCAAGUGUGGCAAGUGCAACACUGACUACAGUGACUGCGUCCGAGAGAGGCUCAGGACAAACUACUGCACUAAGCCACAGAAACUGGGGCGCUGUGGCGAGGGCUCUGAGGGGCGACCGACCCGACCCGACCCGACACGACCCGACCCCGCCCGGCCGCCGCUGUUCCCCGCGUUCUGGGAUUGUGGCGCCGCCCCCCCCGCAGAGCGAGUAGCCAAUGGGAAGCGAGUACUGCUCGCUGCCCCGCCCACAGCGGGCGGGGCCUCUCCGCGGGCGGGGCCUCUCAGCACGCGGGUCCCUGAGGGGAAUCCCGGUGGGUCCCGAUUCCGGUCCCGGUCCCGGUCCCGCAUCCCGGGCCCCGCAUCCCGGGCCCCGCCUCCCUCGCUGGCCGACGGCUGCUCCGUCUCACCCGGAGCCCCCGCGGUGUCCUGGCCGCAGCAGGUGAGGCGGAGGUGCCCUCAGGGCCUGGGGGGCGCUCUGGCGUAG